AAUCCAUCAAUCCAUCAAGAAAGAACCUUUCCAUUCUCUUUCUAUUUUUCUCUAUAUCAUCAAAAAAAAGUCAAGUUUUUUUUAUUCUUUUUUGAAAUCUCCACAUUUCUUUUCACCAUGUCUUCUUCUACGCGAUCCAGCCGGGUUUUGUCCUUCCCCACUGGAACUUUUUACAUUCAAUCGGGCAUUGCAGGUCUUGUUCUCGAUAUCGAGACAGGAUUCCUCAAGGACCCACUGAAGGCUGGUGCGCGCGUCGAGCUGACACACAAAAAGUCGUCCAAGAACAGCACUGAUUCCUUCGCUCAAUUCGAGCAGCAGCUCUGGAGAGCUGAGGAGGGAUAUAUCGUCAAUGUCCGAACUGGUCACGUCUUGGAUAUCCAGGCAGGCAAGUAUUCUUUCUAGUUGGAACAAAAAAAAAAAGGACUUUUUGGGAUACAAUUUUUCAAGGGGGUAAGGGUCAAACGGAGAGCAAAUGAACGAACGAG